AAUAAUAAAUAUGCUUUCUCGUCUUACGAUUGCUGCUGAGUGAUAUGUUGAUACGGAUUGAUGACCUGCGGGCUGUAAUAUAUAUGUAGUUUGGGAAAGUACAGGCUCGAGAAGGAAUAGCAAACGUACACACAUGAGGGAAACCAUCUAGAGGACGGAAUGAAACAUAAAGGCUAAAGCUAUGCUUGAAAGGAUAACUCUUUCUCAAAAGGCACAAAAAUUGACCAAUUCGGACAAUGUGGAUGAAUCCCAGGCAGAGGAGAAAUUUCGAGGUUGGAGAAUAUCCAGCUGAACUGGACGGUCCGAGGUACCACUGGGUCUUCAUUCGUAAAGUUUAUACAAUCAUUGCCAUACAACUGCUAGUCACUGUUGCGGUGGCAACCGCAGUUGUUUCGGUCCAUUCCAUUUCAAACUUCAUCGUGCACACUAAGGUGGGAUUGGCUGUCUAUAUAGCUAUCAUUGUUAUUCCUUUUAUUGUCUUGUGUCCAUUAUAUUACUUUUACCAGCUACGCCCUCUGAAUUAUCUUCUCCUUGGAGUUUUUACCACUGCUCUCGGAUUUCUGGUUGGACUUACAUGUGCGUUUACCAGUGGGAAGGUUAUUUUGCAAUCUGCCAUCAUAACUUUCACGGCCAUGGUUAUUCUCACUCUGUACACCUUCUGGGCGGCAAGGAGAGGUCAUGAUUUCAGCUUCCUCGGGCCUUUCUUGUCUGCUUCCCUGAUUGCUCUUCUGUUGUUUGCUCUGAUUCAGAUUUUCUUUCCCUUGGGUAGGAUUUCUGUAAUGAUCUUUGGGUGCUUGGCAUCGAUCUUAUUUUGCGGGUUCAUAAUAUACGAUACAGACAGCCUGAUCAAACGUUAUGCUUAUGAUGAGUACAUUUGGGCUGCAGUCUCGUUGUAUCUGGAUAUCAUUAAUCUUUUCCUUAGUAUUCUAACUGUCUUCAGUGCCCGAGAUAGCUAGGGACAUCACUUCUCCGUUUCUGUUUCUUUAUGUAUUCUAACCUUUAAGUGAAUUUCUUGGAAACUGCACACAUAAAUUCUCUACCGCAGUAAUCUAUAUAGUAGAUUGACAUUCGUUCAA